AUGUCGAAAAUGGAGCUUGACGAUACAUGGGAUCCUGAUCCUUUGCCAGGUUGCAGUUCUAGGAACCAAUCUCAGCCUCGAUUUAAAAAAGAAAAAAAUCAUCACUCAGAAGCACAACCGGAACUGAAACCUCAAUACUACCAACAAUUAAAAAGUUCUCAUCCACAUCAUAGAAGUCGGAAUGCGCCCAUGAAGCUUUAUCAAGCCUUUUCAGACGAUGAAAGCUCAUCUGAUGAUUACCCUGUCGUCCUGCAACAACCGCAGAUCAACCAUAAAAGAGUGAUAAGUCCUGUUCAACCUGCGCAAGAGAGACGGAAGCGACAUCAGAGUGAGCAUCCAAGUCGCAUUGAUCGUGGCCGCACGUCAAACGUAGAGGAGGUUGUAUAUGAUCAUAUCUCGGCGAUCUCGCGGUCACGCAAUAAAUCGGUCGCCCGCAGUGACGCUCGAUAUAAGGUUAUGACAAAAGAUGCUUUCAAAGGGUAUCAAAAUGUCGAGGAUUCCGUGGCAGCUAGCAGAAAAUCGGUCGCCCGUAGUCAUUCACGCGCGAGAGACUUAUAUGAGGAUCAAGGCUAUGCUAUAAUGGAAGAUUACAGCCAGCAGUUCGCCAAUGAAUCAAGUGUCUUUUCACAUAAGAACAUUGCUCAAAAUAGAAGACACAUGAGGGAGGAGCCAAUGUACGAAUCUAUGCCACCUGUUACAGAUGCUCACAGACCAGCUGGUCGAAGUCGCAAAGAAAAUCCAAAAGCCAAACACGAAUCAGUCGGUACACCCAAACAAAGACAAAAACAUGGUUAUUCUGGUGCACAAAGUCUAGCCCCGCGAAACUCCAACGAUAAUGGCGAUGUUCAAUAUAUGGGCAUUGAAGAUGGUAUGCACAAUGUCGGAACCCGAAGACAAGGAAAGGAGCCCCAACUUCGCUCGCCAUUAUGGCCAAGCCAUGAUUCUGCUAUACCCAAACCUUCCUCUGCUAACAGAUUGCAAGGGAGAAUGGACAAGUCUACCUCGCUGAAGCAACCUCCACAUACGCCAAAGAAUCAGUCAGUGCGAGUUGGAUCAGUUGCGUUUGAUCACAUGCAGAACAAUUCAAGUCAAGCCCGAUUAAUCGAUUAUGGUCCCAUUGGUGAUGACGAUGUCUACGACACACCAUUGGAGAACGAUCUUCGCCGUAGAUCUAAGUCUCACCUGAGGGCUCAUAAUGGCCCCAUGAGCUUUAUAAAUUCUCUACCAAAGUCUAGUGUAUUUCGAAGAAAGAACUCCGAGGUCGCAGAGCAGGUUCAUCAAACUCCGUCCAGCGAUUCAAAUAGAUCUAACAAUUCGGGGGUCACUAUUGAUCUCGUUACGCCAGAAAGUACCUCUUGUGCUCGUAACUCAAUGCCUUUUAUACCUCAACACUGGACGCCAACAAGAAGAGGUCCGAUCAAAGGACCGGCUCCCAUGGAACCCUCUGAUCAGGAUGGUAUUGGCGCUGAAAGUGAACAAAAACCUGUUCAGAAUACUCAUCAGCACCAAGCCAUUGAAUCUAGCUAUAAUAAGGGAGAGCAACCUGAAGAAAAUCUUCGCCAACUACAAGCAGCUGAGAAGAUCAUCCGACAAGAACUCAAUGCUGAUAAUGAGGCUUUGCAAGAAGAGCUGUUCGGAGAAGUUAUUGGCGAAACUGAGGAAGAAAAGAGAGGGCGUGAAGAAGCUAGACGUUUGGAAGCUCAGAGAUUGCGGGAAGAGAAAGAGGAGCAAGAUCUCAUUGAUGCCGAGAGGAAGCGAAAGAGGAAUGAAGCAAGAUUCAAGAAAGAGAGCGAGAGAAAAGCGGCUGAGCAGGCCGAGAAGGAGAAAGAAGCAGCAGCAAAAAAAGCCAAACGCGACGCCGAACGCCAUCAUCAAUCUUUGAAAGAGCAACAGAAUGCAGACGAGAGACGUAAGGCUGCAAACAAGUUGCUACAACAGAAGAAAGAAAAAGAUUUGGCUGCGGCCAAAGCUGCCGAGGAAAGAGCCCAAGCUGCAGAAAAGGAAAGAAAAGAAAAUGAAGCUAAGUUUGAGCAAAUGAAACGGCAAUUGGAAAAGCUUGAGGCGCAAGUUAAAGCAAAAUCGAUUGCGGAAUUAAAGCCAGCGAGGAAAUCUACGGCUGUGGACGGUAUCUCCAACAAAGUUAACUCUCUACCUCCUCAAGGCACGCCUUCAGCAAGUAUGGAAAUCGACAAUGAAAGUCCAUUAUCCACUGCACAGACCCAAAUGACACCUAUGAAUGGUACUUCAAACACAAACACAAACACAGGAAAGACUUCACCUCUUCAAGCCACACUUCCAAUGAACACCGAAGUCGAAGAUGAAGAUUCACUGUUCGUUUCAGAUAAUCGAAAGACAGUUGUGGAAGCCACUCCAGAACGGCAAACCUCGAAUGGUCUUCAAAGCACCACAGGAAGCUUUAGCAGUGACUCGACAAUUGUUGAGUCUAUAGAGCAUGAUCGACCUCCUACUAGUAUGACUGAGAUCUUUGCCAAGACAAUUCUUAAUCCAAGUGGUGACAAGACUCUCGAAGACAGAGACGCGGAGCGUGAAGCUAUUCGCAAAAUUAGAGCAAACGAGAAUGCAGCUGCCAAGCAAAAUCGAGCAAAGUCCAUACCCGCGGAGCCAACCACAGAAAACUUUGCUCGUAAGACUGCUCCUCAGGCAGCUCCAAGAGCGCCAACAAAAAGCCCGUCGAAGAAGAAACGGACUCAGUCGCUGGCAAAAUCAUUGGGAGGUUCCAUAUUCAGUGUUAAACUAAAACCUUUACCGGGACAUGAGCCCGAAGGGUAUGCUCCUCGCGAACAACCGGAAGAACCUCAGAGUGUCGCUAAGAUCUCUACUUCACAGCUUGCAGUCUCGAAACCACGCCCACUUCCAUUGCAUAUCUCUCCCUCUUUUCCUUCACCAGCAAAGUCUACCACUACUUCAACUAGACCGGAAACUCGUCUGAUUUCACAAGCAGAGCGAGAGGAAAUUGAAGCUAAUCGUCAAAGAGUCCAGGCUGCGGCACAGGCUCGGAAGGAAAAUUUGAACAGAGCAAGAUUGGAGGAGAAAAAAGCUGCAUCUGCGAAGAAGAGAACCGUUGAAUAUCGCAAGAGGAAAGAAAAAGAACUCAUUGAAGAAGCUCGUAAAGAAGGUAGAGUAUUGGGUAGUUCUGAGCUAGAAGCCGGGCUUAACAAGUUAAUGGAAAAGCGAGAGCGCGAGAUAAAUCGAAAAAGAAAUCGUGGGGGGGAAAAGACUUCAUCAAACAAACAUGAACAUGCACCUGCUUCUAGCACCAUCAUACCUAAUGGUUCUGGCGUGGUCACGGCGCAAGUCUCAUCCUCCGACACUGCCAGUGAUUCUAAUCAAAUAGAAGAAGAUGAUGACUCUACGGCUCUAGCUCUGAAAGAACACAAGAUCAAAACGGCUGAAGCUUUAAAAGAACGGGCGCAAUCGCGGGCAGCUCGACGUGCCCAACAACAACCUGUGAGAAAAUUGAAUCCAAUUUUCGACUCAGACGAGUCCGAGGAGUCUGAAGAAGAUCCGAUUGAUGAUGAAACAAUGGAAAUGAUGAUGGAACAGGCUCGAAAAAAUAAUGCUCUUGCAGAAGCUACAACGGCUGGCGAGAAGAAUGACGGGAUCCAAUCAGAAACUCGAACUGAGGAAGAGAUUGCUCUUGAAAAAGAGAUAGAAGGUCUUUUCGAAGAAGAUGCAGAUGUCGAAGAAGAGUAUCAAGAAGCAACCGCGACACUCAAUCCCGAUGAACAUUGUGCCCAGAUCGUUCCAACAAUACCCAAUAUGACAAGAUACUUUGAGGGUCAAUCCGCUCCACGAUCUUCCGGUAAUCUAGAAACCCAAUCACCACUACUUGCAGCACCUAGUCAAAUGGCCAGAAUAGUACCUCACAAGACCCAAGAGCCGGUAUCAUAUAAAAUGGUCAAUUUAUACAUGGUCAUGACACAAGUGACGCUUGACGAAUGUGAGGACGAAGCAGUUCUCAAGAAGAAAUUUUUUGAUCUUGAAAAGGCCAACAAGCAUGCACAGAUGCUCGUCAACGAAUGGAGGAGCAAAAUGUUUAGACAACAGGAAAUUCUGGAGAAGUGGGACUCUGAUCGUAUGUAUCAUGGUCAAAUCAUUCACGAUGAACAAAAGACUACCAAGAUCUUUGUCAUGUUUAAGCCAAUGAACUCCGAAGAUGCUGACAGAUACGAUCCAACAAUGAUACGCCCGAUCUUCGCUAAUCGAUAUUACACGAUUCGAUUUGAGAAGGUCGUUGAGGAAGUUGACCCUGAAACCCAAAAAGUCUGUAUGACAGAACGCAUUACUGGAUUUGCAGAUGCGAGCAAGCUAUACACAGUUUUAGAGAUGGCAAAUCAUGCUGCCGCCGAAUAUCUCACCAAGAAAAUCGAACCCAAAGAAGAGGAGCAUCAUACUGCAUAUGUAGAAGACAUGCUCCCACAAGUGAGGGCAGAGAGAGACUCUUGCAACGAAACUGGUACAAAAUUUUAUUGCUCGCUAGAGGAUGAUUCAGUUCCUUGGGCAGAUUUCAAGUCUUUCGAGGUCAAGGUAGAAUUGUCCAUCACUGAAGGCCCGAUAAAUUAA